AUGUCAACACAUUAUUCUGGAGUUGGCACAUUCUACCUUGCAUGUUCACAAUGUUGUGAACUUGAGUGUGAAUAUAAAGAAUCAAGCCGAAAAAGGGUAACCCGUUUUGAUUGCCAUGGUAAAAUAAUUAUCAACAUCGAUAUACCAGCGAAAGAGGCAAUGGUAAGAUUUUGUCAUGAAAUUCAGUAUGAGUUGCCUAUCAACAUUACAAUUGCACCAGAAGUAAAAUAUGAAAUUAUGCAAAAUCUUCACAUGGAUCCUAUACAGUUGCGAAUAUAUCUUCGUCAAAUAUUUGAUAUUUCACUUGUUACUACAAAACAAAUCCACUAUUGGUGA